CAUUAUCAACAUUGUCGUCACAUUUAUCUUUUUCAUUAUUUCAUCAUUUGAAAAAAAUUGAUUGAUUUCAAGCCACAAGCUUUGAUUUUAUACGUUUCGUCGAGGUAAACGAAUAAGAAAAAGAAGAAUGGCAUCACGUAAAAAAGCAUUGUUGAAAGUAAUCAUUCUUGGUGAUAGUGGUGUUGGUAAAACAUCAUUGAUGAAUCAAUAUGUAAAUCAUAAAUUCUCCAAUCAAUAUAAAGCAACUAUUGGUGCAGAUUUUCUCACCAAAGAAGUAAUUGUUGAUGAUCGUCUUGUUACUAUGCAGAUCUGGGAUACUGCAGGACAGGAACGAUUUCAAUCAUUGGGCGUUGCAUUCUAUCGUGGUGCCGAUUGUUGUGUACUUGUUUAUGAUGUAACAUCACCUGGUUCAUUUAAAUCACUUGAUUCAUGGCGUGAUGAAUUUUUGAUUCAAGCAUCACCACGUGAUCCGGAAAAUUUUCCAUUUGUUGUUAUUGGUAAUAAAGUUGAUCUGGAUAAUCGUGCUGUUUCAUCAAAACGUGCACAAGGAUGGUGUCAAAGUAAGAAUAACAUUCCAUACUUUGAAACGAGCGCAAAAGAAGCUAUUAAUGUUGAUCAGGCAUUCUUAACUGUUGCCAAAAAUGGUUUGGCCCAAGAAACUGAAGUUGAAUUAUAUAAUUCAGAAUUUCCAGAUAAAAUUAAUCUUUCACAGGAUCAAAGCCAACAACGAAAUGAUAAUUGUGCUUGUUAAUGUAAAUGAAACAAACAAACAAAAAAAUUAGAACAUACAUACACAUCUCACCACUAUCCAUAUACACAUUUAUUCGAAUUGAUGAUCAUUGUUAUUAAAAAA